AAAUGCUCCUUCUGUUCCACAAAAGCCCCAACGCGUAUAUCGGGAAAAUGAUGCUCAGGCCGAUAAAAAGGAAAUGGAGCAGCAGAACUUCAAGGAAGUUUUCGGGACAACCACCACUGCAGCGUUGACCGAAACAGCGCAAACCACCCCUGGCGUUGCUGGCAUAGAGCAAGCGACCUAUCAGAGAAGCGAAGAUAGCCCUAGACAGCAAUCAGAACAGAGCGCAGUCUUCUUUAUUUCGCCUUACGUUACCGUGGAAAAAGGAUUCCCGACGGAAGUUUCCGACGGGCCAGCGAUGGGUGACAUGGCGGACACCGCCGCUGUCACCGCUGACAUCCCCGAGACGGAAGGAGUGGCCAGUCAAAGGAGAACAGAUACCCCUAAUCAUCAGGUCGGACAGACCGCGCUUGUCGUCAUCCCGCCGGAUGUUACCGUGUAUAAGGGUUCCCCGACAAAAGAUUCCGACGACCAAGCGAUGGGUAUCAUGGCGGAGAGCACCGUCGUCACCGCUGACAUCGCCGGGACAAAGGACGUAGUCAGCCAGAGGAGUACCGAUACCACUAAACAUCAGAAGGAACAGACCGCGCUCGUCGUCAUCCCAUCAGAUGUUACCGUGUAUAAGGGAUCCCCGACAAAUGAUUCCGACGGCCCAGCGAUGAGUGACAUGACAGAAAGCACCGACGUCACCGGUGGCAUCGCUGAUACGAAGGAAGUGGCCAGCCAGAGGAAAAUCGAUACCCCUAAUCAUCAAUCGGAACACACCGCGCUUGACGUUAUCCCGCCGGAUGUUACCGCGUAUAAGGGAACAUCGACAAAAGAACAUAGCGGGGAUAUCCAAACAAACUUGCUUCGCCGUCUUGGACUAGAAGAAAGAUACGAACACAAUUUGAUAACUGUACAAGAGGCAAUGACUGUACAUACUAACCAACCUAGAGGAGAAAAGUGGUCUCUCUCUCAAUUGCCAUGGACAAUGUUGCGGAACAUCAUCGCUGUUGAUUCAACCGCGCGUGAUUGUAUUUAUACACAAGAGACAGAGAACGCAGCAGAAACGUUGACGUCUAAAGGGCAAUCCGUGUUUGAUGUACGCAGUAGAUUUGGAAAAGAUGUAACGAUGGAAAAGAAGAAUGUCCCGAAAAAUAUCAUAAUUUCAAAGACUACGCAAACUAUUGUGCUGACUGGGAUAUACGCCCGAAAGAUUCCAUGCAUGACUGUUCACUGUUCUGGCUGUGGUUUCUUGGUAAAUAUAAGAAUAAGCUCAAAGAACAUUACCACUAUGAUGUGUCCGACUUCCCUAGUUGGUGGUCUGAAAUAAGCGUAGAACGCGCAAUAAAAAACUUAGAUGAAUGUUACAACUAAAUUGAAGGCGAUAAGAUAGUUCAGGUACAGAAAGUUGUUCCCUAAAAUUACCAAACAUUGCAAUAGUUAGAAAUGCAAGGGCAAAGGAUCGUUGUUCAUCUGAAAUCUAUUUCGGAAAAAAACAACAACAAACAAUAUAAUUAUCUAUACCACGAAAGUUGAUAUUACCGUCAGAAUAAAUACAUAUAGGGUAUAUUCGCGAGUCGUCAUAUAAAGAACAAUUUUAUUCAACGAGUUCAGGAAAUAUUAUAGUCAGUGUGCCCUUAGCUGGACGAGUUGAAUAAAACUAUGUUGUAUAUGAUGACGAGUGUCAGAUUGUUAUGUAUCACAUGCUUUUCAAGUAAAAAAUAGCAAAAAAACGACCUACCUGUUCCAACUGCACUAGUGAUGAGAAGAAUAAAAUUGAAAAAAAUAUAGUACACGACACCGCUGAUAUGGCCAAUAGUUUUUAUUUUUUAUUUUUAAGAACAAUUUAUACUGAUGAGAUGAUAUCAAAUAAGAGUAACAACGAAACCACUAUACUUAUAAGAAGAUUUUCCUCUUAAGAUUUGGCAAAAUGUACUACUGUAUUCAUAUUAAACGUUUUCAUAAAUUUAGUGACAAAAACGUAUAUAUUGCUAGUCAAGCAAUUAUUUUUGCCAACAUGCGUAGUGAUCUAUCUUCUGACCAAUACAAGUAUAGCAAUGUUAUAUUACACAUUUGUAAUACAGAGAAAUAGUGACCAGAAACAAUGUUUAUCAUGUAAAAUCAUUUAUUAAUACAAUGGGAACAGUAGAGAUGAGCUCAGGACUUAUGUUAUGCUAAAUUAACGGUAUCGCAUGCGGAUAAGUUGACAAAUUGUUGAUUAUUUUUAUAUUUUUAUGUGUAUAUUUGCACAAUCCAUGUUCUUCAUAUGAUACAAUGUAUUUUGCUAUGACACAAUUAGUGUAUGUAUUCCAUGUUGUUUCUUAUAAUGGAUUAUAUAUUUGUUUUGAUUAUGUUCUUGGACGAAAUAUUAAAGAACCAUUGGCCAUAUGUGGAAAAUGAUUGGCAAGAUCUUUCUUGCACUUUCAUCGGCACUUGCACUAUCACUUAUGUUGUAAUAUGUUCUCAUUUUCUUUCGUUUGAGCGACUAUAUAGUUUAGUGUGAAACGUCUGUAACUAAUUGACGGACAAACUCUUGUUUCAUAUGAAUAUGCGUGAGGGUGGUGGGUGAAGACAACUCUUCUUCAAAUGAAAUCCAAUGUUACUAUCAAAUACAAGUCAAUAACUCUGUACUUCCAGAUGUUUCCGCAGACGAGUGGUCUUAAUUUAGAAUUUGUAGUUAUCAGGCAGACUCUGUCUAAUACAAACUUUUCCAGAAUACUUUUAUUUUACGGAAAAUAGUAAUAUUAGAGGCUCUCUAUAUGUGAUAUAUUCAGAUUUCCGGGAAGGUUCCAUUACGGAACCAAUAAAAUUCCGCAUUAACCGCAUUAACUUCUCUUCGCCAAAUCGCCCGCGGUACAUGUUUUACAAAUAAAAUAUGUACAUUGUGAUAGACAAAUGACUUGUAGCCAUUGUUCAUUAAUGAUUCAUAUACUGACCUGUACAAGUCUUAUGCUUAUGAUUAUUAUUAUGAUUCAUAUACUGACCUGUACAAGUCUUAAAUUUAUGCUUAUGAUUAAUAUUAUGAUUAUGUAUACAGACCGCAUAUUUGGUGCGAUCGUUGUGUAAGUUUAAGAUUUUUAAAUAAAAUUACGCUUGAAUCAUAAAGAUUCUUUUAUUCGACAUUACUUGGCGUUAUGUAUCAUGGCGAAGGAAUGAGCAACAAGCUUUGCUUUAAGUACUUAAAAACGCGACACACUAUAUGCUGCAAACCUUCUUCCUCAGUGUUGUCGUGCUUAUUUGGUUUUGUACAUAAUAUCUGUCCAUUAUCCACGUAUGUUUAACACUGUAAAUCCUUUGAUAGUAUUAAAGCUUGCAUGUCUUGAAAAACGUUAUAUUGAAAUAAUAGUCUUUACCAAGUAGUUCAAUACUACACAAUACCACAAAACAUACGAUCCACAACGAGCAGAACUGGGUCUAUUUGGUACCGAUUUUCUGUAUUUAUAUCGCUUAUUGUUUGUUCUAAGCAAGAACAUUUUUAAAACAUUUCAACUUGACACACAUCAUUUGUAUCACUGUGUAACUGUGUAUUGAUAGUUACAUGUAAUGUUCUCGAGAGACACUACUUGUACGUGUACUUGUAUGCAGAUUAAAAUUCGUUUACAAAAAUUCGUUUUAAAAUGGUAUUUGUUGGCUUACUUGGAUCGCCGAAAUCACGUUUCUAGUGUUAUCAUACAUUUACAAUCUAAAUGUUCACAUAACUAGAUGAUAUAGUGCACCAAAGGAUGUCCACGCUUUCAUGUACCCGUGCAUGUUGUUUUUCACACUCACCCUGAUAAGUUAUAUCAUAUUCAUGCAAAUAUGGCCUGUGAAACAUCGUCUAUAUAUGUGUCUAUUAAGUUGUUGUUGCUUGAGUCGUUGUUGAAUCUUCGCUUUGUCAUUUAUUUCAUUUUGCGACAUAAUAAUGAUAAACUGUAUGUAUUGCGUUUACUUAGUAUGAUUAAACUGUAUGUAUCUCAUGUGUAAGUGUGUAUCUGACCGUCUC